AUGGCUUUCCUGGAGGAUAGGAACCACACUGCAGUGACAGAGUUCAUUUUAUUGGGACUAACAGAUGACCCAGACCUUAGAGUUGUCCUCUUCACCAUCAUCCUGUUCAUCUACCUGGUGACUGUGUUCGGGAACCUCAGCACCAUCCUUCUCAUCAGAGUCUCUCCUCAGCUCCAUCACCCCAUGUACUUUUUUCUCAGCCACUUGGCUUCUGUAGACAUAGCCUACUCAUCUUCUGUCACACCCAAUAUGCUUACCAACUUCCUGGUAAAGCAAAAUACCAUCUCCUACCUUGGAUGUUCUAUUCAGUUUUGCUCAGCUGCUUUCUUUGGAACAGUUGAAUGCUUCCUUCUGGCUGCCAUGGCUUAUGAUCGCUUUGUGGCAAUCUGUAACCCACUGCUUUAUUCAACAAAAAUGUCCACACAAGUCUGUAUUCAGUUGGUUGUAGGAUCUUAUAUAGGUGGGUUUCUUAAUGCUUCUUCCUUCAUCCUUUCCUUCCUUUCUUUUAUCUUCUGUGGACCAAAUAGAAUCAAUCACUUUUUCUGUGAUUUCACUCCUUUGGUGGAACUCUCCUGUUCUGAUGUCAGUGUCUUGGUGGUUGUUACCUCAUUUUCUGCUGGCUCAGUCACUAUGCUAACAAUGUUUAUCAUAGCCAUCUCCUAUACCUACAUCCUCAUUACAAUCCUGAAGAUGCACUCCACUGAGGGCCGCCACAAGGCCUUCUCCACCUGCACCUCCCACCUCACUGCAGUCACUCUUUUCUAUGGAACUGUCAUAUUCAUCUAUGUGAUCCCCAAGUCCAACUACUCCACUGAUCAGAAGAAAGUGGUCUCUGUGUUCUACAUGGUGGUAAUCCCCAUGUUGAACCCCCUUAUCUAUAGCCUUAGGAAUAAUGAGAUUAAAGGUGCUCUGAAGAGACUGCUUGGUAAGAAAAUAUUUUCUUAG